UAGGCACUCUUUGUAACAAGUUAAUAGUAUACUGUCGGGCGUUCAUGUCAUUCAUGUAGAGCGUUAGAAUAAUGGAAAUUCCGCUUGGUUAUGAAUCUUUCAAAUUACAAACUAAUAAUACACUUUCAGUUAAAGAUCUUGAUAAUGCUAAAGAGAUUGCUCUUAUUUCUGUUCCAGAAGAGUUUGAUGUGACAAAUUUAAAAGGAUCGAGUUUUGUUGUUGAUGGUACUAUCCCUUUGAAAUGUUCUUCAGAAUCGAGCACAAAAAAAUGGGAAAUUUAUAGCUAUGCAGCUCCUCUGAAACAGCAAACUAAUAUUUUAUUCCCUUCACAAGAUGGAACACCUACUUUUGGUCCUCCUAUAUCUGUUUAUUUGAAUAUUGCACAAUGUAUUAACUUACCAUACCAAAAAAAAAAUAAGAAAAUAAAAAAAAAAAAAUUAGAAACUCCUGAUAAUCUUUGUGUACGAUGGAAACCCUUUGGAUCUGAUGAACCAUACAAAAAGUAUUUGUCAAAACAAAUUACGUCAACUUUAAAAAGUCAUGUAAAGAAAUCAGAAGUACCCCUUAGUUCAGAAAUCAAUUUAAAUUUCUCAAAAUUAGAGAAACCUGAAAGUGUAAAAAAAACAGUUGAGGUUUCAAAAAAAGUUCCAGAUGAUGCAAAUCCAGUUGGUGUUAAAAGCAAAUUAGAGAAGAAUCAUACUUUAAAUAGACUUAAGAGAAAAUUAAGUGAUGAAGAACCUGAAGUUUUUUCUUCUAACACAGAUAAUUUCAGUGAUUCCGUUAAGUCUGCGCGUAAGAAGAAGCGCAAGACGAGAGAUGACUCAAAUGAAGAGCUGAAUAUAAAAAAUAAAAAUAUUAUUACAAACACAAACAGUUUUAAUUUUAGUGAAAACGAAUGUACUGAAACAAAAGAAAAAAAGAAAAAGAAGAAAUCGAUUGUUAGUGAUAGUAAUAUUAACUUAAGUAAACACGAAAAAAAUUACGUUUUAAUGGAAAAUAAUGAAAAAAAACAAGGAAAAAAAAUCACAUCGAUUUUUAGCAAUAACAGUGAUGUUAACGAAUGUAAUGAAAUAACUGAUUUAAAAAGAAAGAACAAAAAGAAAAAAAGUAAAGAUCACGAUAAUGAUAACGAUGCUGUUAAGGAAAAAAACUGUAUAGUAAAUGAAUUUAUCGAAAUUAUGGAAGAAAAGAGAAAGAAAAAAAAGAAGAAACAUCGUAACAACUGCGACGAAAACAAUGAAAAAUAUAUAGUUAAAGAAUCUAGUAACAUAUUGAAGAAAAAAAAGAAAAAGGUAAAAACAGAGUCUUUAUAACAAUAUUACUUGUAAUCAAUUUGUAAAGUGAAAAUUUGUUAAUGAAGAAUGAGUAAUUUGUAAAGUAAAAAAAUGUUGAGCAUGAAAAAUAAAAGAAAAAUAAAAGUUA